AUGUCCAAUACGAACAACGACUCCAAGGCCGUUCGCAAUGAGCACCUGGAGGAAAGGGGCACCAGCCCUAAAGAGGAGACCAGCCUGUCUCAUAACCUCGAGGCCAGAAUCCGCAACCCCUUGCAAGGGAUUCCUCGGUCUCAGUUGAUGGCAGAUGUGGAGAAUUUUGCGCUGCGCAGAGGUCUACAAGAACAUGUUGCCAUUUUGAAGAAGGGUGCAUUGGUAGCUCAAGACCCUGGCAAUAUUCGCAAUAUCGACGGGCCCGAGAAGCUGGCUUCUGACGAAAUUGAAGUACUUGAAGAAGAAGUCACUCACAAAUGGCGUAUGCCCAUGAAACUUUUCCUGACCAUUUUCACUUGCUCUAUUGGCGCCGCCGUCCAAGGCUGGGAUCAAACUGGUAGCAACGGAGCCACGAUUUUCUUUCCUGCAGCCUACGGUAUCGGGUCAAAGUCUGAUUUGGAUCAUAUACUUGUUGGUCUGAUCAAUGCUGGCCCUUAUAUUGGCGCUUCUCUCAUUGGCUGCUGGCUGGCUGAUCCAUUGAACAACCGACUCGGACGCAGAGGCACCAUUUUCUUUGCUGCGCAAUUCUGUAUCUGGCCUGUUAUUGGAUCCGCCUUCUGCAGGACCUGGCAGCAACAGCUUGCCUGUCGUCUUCUCAUGGGUAUUGGCAUGGGCUCAAAAGCAUCAACCGUGCCCGUCUACGCCGCAGAGAACGCUCCCGCUUCCAUCAGAGGCGCGUUGGUCAUGUCUUGGCAAAUGUGGACAGCCUUCGGAAUCAUGUUGGGAACUGCCGUCAACCUGGCUGUCUAUCAGAUUGCGCAACCCCUCAACUGGCGCCUCAUGUUGGGAGCACCUUUCCUCCCCGCAGUUCCUUUGAUGGCGCUCAUCUUCUUUUGCCCUGAAUCUCCCCGUUGGUACAUCAAGAAGGGCCGCUUUCAGGAUGCUUGGAGAUCUAUGGCUGUCCUUCGCCGCAAUGAGAUCCAGGUUGCGCGUGAUAUCUACUACAUCAGCGCACAACUCGAGCUUGAGAGGGAGGUCAUGGGCACUACCAAUUAUGCCACCCGCUUCGGCCAGCUCUUCACCGUACCUCGAGUUCGCCGAGCCAACUUGGCGGCUUUCACUGUCAUGAUUGCUCAGCAAAUGUGCGGAAUCAACAUCAUCGCCUUCUACUCCACAUCGAUUUUCGAACAGGCCUUCAAGACCGAUCCUAGCCCACAGUUCAAGGCCAUGAUCGGAUCCUUUGGCUUUGGUGUGGUUAACUGGCUGUUCGCUUUCCCUGCCUUCUUUACCAUUGACACCUUUGGCCGACGCAGCUUGCUUCUAUUCACAUUUCCUCAAAUGUUUUGGACUCUUCUGGCAGCCGGUCUCUGCACUCUGAUUGACCCUAAUGGAUCAAUGGCCAAUGCUCGUACUGGCCUGGUGUGCUUAUUUGUCUUCCUUUUCGGCGCUUUCUAUUCACCCGGUGAAGGUCCCGUUCCGUACACUUACAGUGCUGAAGUAUACCCACUGUCUCAUCGUGAGACUGGCAUGAGUUUUGCCGUAGCAACAUGUCUCUUCUUUGCCGCCGUUUUGGGUAUUACCUUUCCCUUCCUUCUCGGCCGCCUUGAGACGUUCGGUUCUUUUGCUUUGUACGCCGGAUUCAACCUCGUCGCCUUCGUCAUGAUUUUCUUCUGGGUGCCCGAGACCAUGCAGCGUACCCUUGAGGAGCUUGAUUGGGUCUUUGCAGUUCCAGUUGGUACCUUUGCCAAGUACCAGCUCACUCAGGCUCUGCCCUGGUGGUUCAAGAGAUACGUCUUUUUCCAGCGCUCCGCUACCCUCAAGCCAUUAUAUCACUUUGAGAAGAUCGCCAUGACUGCUCGAAAGGACUCCAUCGCCCAUCAGAACAUGGUACAGAGCUCGGACGAUGAAAUCUCUCGUUAA